ACCCACUUUUUUCCCCAUAAUCACCACGGUCACUUCCGCACUAGUUCAAGCGAGUCCCGCGGAUGAAUUAGAGUACAAUCGAGGGAGGUGACUUGCUGGGCGGAGUGAUCUUUGCUGAGCCGGCUUCCACUCCACGCGGAACGGGGACGUUUGAGAGUAUGGAACGGAAAAGUGUACCGGUCAGACGCGUCCUCGGCAAGCCACAGACGGUGCGAGGUCCGGCAGGCAACUUUCACACCGAAGACCCCAGCCAGUCUCGUCCUGCACAUUUAGUUCUGACUAAAGUCCAGCGGAGUGGGCACAAGUACCAUGAUGUCAACCAUCAAAUCAGGACCAAACCAGACUUGAACACAACAUUGCCAGUUCGACAGACGGCCUCCAUCUUCAAGCAGCCCGUGACCAAAGUAACAAAUCACCCUAGCAACAAGGUGAAAACAGACCCUCAGAGAGCUGUGGAACAACCAAAACAGUUGUUCUGGGAGAGGAAGCUGAGUGGGUUAAGUGCCUUUGACAUUGCAGAGGAGCUGGUGAAAACCAUGGAUCUUCCCAAAGGCCUACAAGGUGUGGGGCCUGCGAGUUCUGACAAAACGCUGCUGUCGGCCAUCGCCAGUGCCCUCCACACAAGCCCCGCCCCUGUCACUGGCCAACUCACGGCGGCCGUGGAGAAAAACCCGGGGGUGUGGCUGAACACGACGCAGCCUCUUUGCAAGGCGUUUGUGGUGACAGAUGAAGAUAUCAGGAAGCAGGAGGACCUCGUACAGAGCGUGAGGAGGCGGCUCGAGGAAGCUCUCAUGGCGGAUAUGUUGGCUCAUGUCGAGGACGCCGCUGUGGAUGCGGCGCUCAGCACGGUGGAAGAUGAUGAAGAAAAGGAGGAGGAGGAGGGGGAGGAGGUGAAGGAGAAGGGGGCUGAGCGGGUGGAAAAGGAGGAGUUAUAGCCAAGGUACACAAAAUGGCUGUGAUGAUUCCAGCAGUGCUGACUGAUUUUUUUUUUUUUUUUUUUUUUUUUUUUUUUUCCUUACGUCGUUUACCACAACUUGAACUGAAGUCAUCAGCUAUCCUGGGGAUUUUGUGUUUGUUACUUGUUCAACUAAAAUGAAACUUUAAGCAGAGCUAAAUAUUCAAACUAAAACUGUUUUUUUUUUGUUUGUUUGUUUUGUAAAAACUGAGAAAGGUGCUCUACGUUUCAGCUUUUAUCUCCAUCAAUGUUUAGCAGAUGUUGGGUGCUGCACACGAUUCAUCCGAGGUUGCGUUAAGAGCUGCUAAACUGGCUCAAACCGGGAUGUAUGAGAAUUGUAAAUGCCGGUCUGUUUGUGAAGAACACAUUUUUAUUCCCCCAAUCUCACACUGAGUGACGUUUAUGGUCGGAAGCUGAGAAAAAAAAAUGCAGAAUUUUCUGCACGCAUGCUGUACUCUAAAAUUUUACAUUAUGCUCAGAAAGAUAAUAUAGUUCGGUUUUAAAAUAUUCUUUGUUUACAAUAACUGUAGGUCAUGUUUUAUAAUGGCAAGCUAUAUUGAAAGAAACACUGAUACUUAACUACUGUACAUGAUUCAAUAUAUUGUUUAAUAAAUGGAUCUUUUUUUUUUUUA